AUGGGCAGAUUAGUUAAAGUGUUUGCACUACAAGUUUGCAAAAUUUGUGUCAAAUUUUAAAGGUGGCUAUCUCAACAACAUCUGUUUAGCACAUCAUCUGAAGGGAAUUACACAGAUGACUCUGAGAGCUGGAAACCUGUUGUGUUGUCGCACCUGAUUUGCCUUUAACUGCACCAGCUGACAGAUAAAAACAUCUGCAUCUCAGCAGGCAAAAGAAAAUCCUGCAGCAUCGAGGCAAUUUUAAAAGAGAAUAUGGCCAACUCCAGUAUUCUGUUGCCCAGCAUGGUGCAGAAGGCAGACUCCCCUGACCGAAAUCCCAUAGAGAAUCUAUGGGGUAUUGUCAAGAGAAAGAUAAGAGACACCAGAUCCAACAAUGCAGACGAGAUGAAGGCCACUAUAAAAGCAACCUGGGCUGCCAUAACACCUCAGCAGUGCCACAGGCUUAUCGCCUUCAUGCCAUGCCGCAUUGAUGCAAAAUACACACAGCUGGUAUUGUCCAGUAUAACCACAACAGAGCUGGAUCUAUGAGCAGACCAAUUACAGUCAGAAGAGGGGAUAAACAGAGCUGUUCAAACCAACUACCACACACUACUGCCCUUCAGACCAUGCAACAACUAUGGAUACAGGUAUCCAAAUUGCAAGUAUAAUGACAAGUUUUAG